UUUUUUUUUAAAUUUUGAAUUUAUAUUAACUUUAAAAAAAAAUCAUUCAGUUUACUUUGAGUAACUAAUACACCAGAAAAGACACACACUAUACAGCAACAAUGGAUGCCUAUUACACUAAGCAUGAAACGAUAAAUUACACAACCAAGGCAGCGGUACCAAUUGUCAAGCCUGAUGGACUGGUCAGCUACGAGGUCCGUGAAAUCAUCUUGACCAUCAACAUCUUCUUUGGGGAAAUUGUGGGCUUGCUGGGGAUAGUAGCCAACGUGAUUAAUGUUAUAGUAUUUAGCAAAAUUGGCUUCAGCGAUACCGUCAAUAUCAGCCUAGCAGCCCUGGCUAUAAGUGAUAUUGGCGCUCUAGUCACGCUUCAGGUAUUUAAUGUGCUUGUCAACCCAUGGUUCCUUCAGUUGGACCUCCCGUUUUUGCCACUAGAGCUCCAAAGUUUGACGGUAGGCUACCCCCACAACUAUUUCGUCAAAGUGACCGGUUUUAUUACUGCCUUCGUUGCCUUUGAGAGAUGCCUUUGUGUGACCUUGCCCUUCAAGGUUAAAACACUGAUAACUAAAAGGACUGCAGUUGCUUUCAACGUUGGCUUCUUCAUAGCAAACGCCUUGGCGAUGUUCCCAAUCUAUUAUACUGCCUACUACGACUGGAAAUUCGACGCCAAGAAAAAUAAGACCGUUCUGGGAAUCUUCUACACCAAGAACAUCAACGACGUCCUUGGCCCGUCCCUCUUACUCAUCAACACAUUGGUUCCCUUGGCAGCGUUCCUCGUUGUCAUCCUCUGCAACAUCAUCAUCGGCUUCAGGCUGAAGAGAGCUUCGGUGUGGCGCCAGAUGUCAUCAGGAGCCGCCAUCACCACCCCGGGCGCCGCGGUGUCAAUGAAGGAGAAGAAAAUGGUCAAGAUGAUUGUGACAAUGUCAUCUAUUUUCAUCAUUUGUUUCAGCCCGCUGUCCGCUUUUUUAUCCGCCCGAGCCAUCGUACCGGAGCUUAGUAUCAACGGGGUAUACUCCAACAUAAACUGGAUCGUAGUGACCUAUGUCAUGGCGAUGGACACAGUCAACUCAAGUCUAUCUAUUGUUGUCUAUUAUCGCAUGAGUUCGAAAUACAGAGAGACGUUUCUUCUUAUGUUUGGAAGACAGGUUGAUAAAAAUCAAGUAAACAAACUAUAAUCUUCUGACCGAAAAUUAAAACAAAUUAUAUUCUCUUUAUCUAGGACACAUUACAGAGGUAGCCUUAAGGGGUGGCGAUUGGGGCAACAGCCCCAGGCCCGCUCCUGAAAGGAAAGGGGAGGAAAGCCGCGAUAGCAUAAAUAUUGUAUAGUUUGUUGAUUUUUCCUGCAAAACUUUUCUAAAUCAUUAGUUACGGUGAUUUAAAGCCACUAAAUUUAUAUUAAAGCACUGGGUAUGGAAUCAUACAAGCAAAAUCUAGAAUUCAGAACAAUGAAAGAACAGUAUGUAAUGCAGUCAAACGGCCAAUAGUACAGACCUACAACAUUAGAGGCAGACGAUAAGGUACUGUAUACACAUAGUCUACGCUUACGGCUCCAAGCCCACGUAUUGCUAAUACCGCCUCUGGACUGGACCAAAGCAUAUUACGUCCCCAUACUGGGCUAUUCCUCAGAUGUGAUUAAGACAUGGGUUACGUUUUCGAAGGUUUUAAUUUACUGAUAGGUGAUGGGCAAAGGUUUUAAACAUAUUACCUAAAAAAUAUCCAGAUUAAACUAGACCUUUUUAGGGGCCCCUGCAUUUUGCUUGAUAUUUAAUUUUUAAUGUAAAAAAAAACACUAAUUUGGGGACCCUCCUCAAGUGGGGGCCCGGGGGGAAUUUUCAAAUUCUCCCCCCUCCUCCCCUACCCUAGCUACGCCACUGAAUCUGAAGACAACACUGCAAAACAAAAAGAAACAAAAAAGACGAAUGCAUUCUUGCUGUUUGGAAUUUCUCUGAAAUAGUUGCGUCAUUAUAUACAAACAUUCCUGCAGAUUCACACUAAUUUAAGCAACGAAAAGAUACAUAAAGGGAAGAAAUCUGGGAGGGAAACUCACCACAUUAAAUCACAAACAA